AUGAAUGGAACUUCUAUAUAUACUAAUCAUUCAUUAGAUCACCAACAAUCUUCAAUAUGUGAUAAUUUACAACAACCUAUAUUCAAAUUAGAAGAAGUUCAAUUACAAUUUCAAUUGAAUAAUAAAUUGAAAAAAUUGUUGGUUUUUAAAAAUAUAAUGUUUAUAAUCAUGGAAUCAAUAUGUUAUAGAAUAGAUUUAGAUAAUCCAUCUCAAGUAAAUAAGCUCAAUUUACCUAUAUCAAAUGGAAAUUAUAUAAAUUGUUGGACAAAUGGUGAUAUCUUUAUACUACGAAUUGACUUACAAUAUUUUCAAUUGAUUGAUUUUAAAUUUAAACCACUUCCCAAAUUUAAAGGUAUGGAUAUUAUACAAAUAUUAUUCAAUACUUGUUGGAUAAUAGCUACCAAAGAUACUAUAUAUAUUCAGGAUAUGAAAAUUAAACAAGUUUUCAAAGGAAAUAAUAUUCAAGGUAUUUCAAUGAAUAAAGUUCAAAUUAACCUAAUUGUUAAUUUUGAAUUAUAUACUUGGGAUUAUUUCGAUUCUACAUUUGAUGAAUUAGUAAAUGUUUUUAAAACUCAACCAUUGAUAAAGUCAAUUAAACCGUCAGAAAAUUUUUUAUUCACAACUACUGAUCAAAUUUUUUUAUAUAUAUCUGAUGGAUUUUUAACUAAUGAUGAUCAAAUACAGUCUAUAAAUGAUGAAAUAGAAUCAUUUAGACAAGUUAUACUAUCUCCACAUCAUAUAAUUGGAUACUCAACUAGUAUUUCAAUAUUUAACAAGAUAAAUUUGAACAAAAGUAAAUUAUCUUUAGAUAAUAUAAUUGGUAUCACUACUGAUUAUAUAAACAAGACUUAUUGGAUAUACACCAAAAACUCAAUUCAUGAAUUAAUUAUUGAAAAUGAAUCAGCCUCUAUUUGGUAUGAUUAUUAUAAAAUGGGUAAUUAUGUAGAUGCCUUAAAAUGUUUAGAAGAUACUGAAGAUUAUUCAAAACGAGAUUUAGUUUUAACUAAACAAGGUUAUGACUAUUUACAAAAAGGUGGGUUUGGAGUUGCUUUAGAUAAUGAAUCUAUUGAUUUACAAUUGAAAGGAAUACGAAAUUUAGCAAAUUCUUCAGAACCUUUUGAAAAAAUUUGUCUCAUGUUAUUACAAGAUACAAUGAUUGUUAGUGAUAAAUUAUUAAUUGAAUAUUUGACUAUCAAAUUUGAACAUUAUAAAAAGGAAAAGAAUAAAAUAAAGAUUAUUGUACUAUCAAGUUGGAUUGUUGAAUUAAUGGAAGAUCCAAAAUCAUUUAUUAAAGCAAAUUAUAAAUUAUUAGACCCUCCCACAAUGUAUGAAAUAUUAAAAGAUCCAAUAUAUUAUGCUGAGUUAAUUGAAGAUUAUAAAUUUAUAUUAAAUCAUUAUCUUAAUAAUAAAAAUUAUUCACAAACUGCAAAGAUAUUGCAUAAAUUAGAACCAGAAGAUAUUUACCAAUCAUCAACUAUCUUAUUAUUAAACUAUCCUAAAGUAACUGAAAUGUGGUUACGUAUUCCUAACCUUCAGUAUGAAAGAUUCAUACCUGCAAUUUUACUAUACUGUAAGAAAAAUUCACCAACUCCAAUAAUACAAUUUCUUCAAAAAAUACAUGAAAAGGGAUAUAAAUCAAAAACAUUGAACAACUAUUACCUAACAUUACUUAUUGAAUCAGGUCAUGAUAAACAAUUUAUUAAAUUCAUUCAAUCGGAAAGAUUAUAUGAUCAAAAUUUCAUUCUUCGUUUAUGUAUUGCUAAUACUCGAUAUCAACCUGCUAUAAUUAUUUAUAUAUCAUGGAACUUAUUUAAACAAGCAUUAGACCUAGCUUUAAAAAAUAAUUUGACGAAUCUUGCAGAAUUAGUAUUGACUAAAUAUGAAGAACAUAUAGAAGAGGAAUCAAACUCACCAACUACUUCAUCUGAUGAUUUACUAUUACAACAAGAAUCAUAUUCAACAAGAAAGAAGUUAUGGCUUAUAUUUGCUAAACAUUUGAUUGAUAAUCUUGGAAAUACUACAGAUUUCUUACAUGAUGAUAAUACAUUAAAUGGUGUAUUGAAAUACAUACUUGGAAAUUCAAUUUUAGGUUUAAAAGAUUUAUUACCUUUAUUCCCUGAAAAUAUCAUGGUUAAUGAUUUUAAAGAUGAGAUUGUAAAGACUUUAAAUGAAUAUAAUAAUAAAAUAAAUCAAUUAUCUAUUGAAAUGAAAGAGUCAAUUGAAAUAAGUUCAAAUUUAAAACAACAAUUAAAAGAAUCAAAAUUAGAGAAAUCCAAAAUAUAUUCAAUUAUUGAACCCGGAGAACCAUGUAGGUUAUGUAAUGAACUAUUAAUAGCCAAAAAUUUCAUAAUAUUUCCAAAUUGUAAUCAUGGAUUUCAUAAAGAAUGUUUAAUUGUUAAUUUAUCAAAGAGUAAUAAUUAUAAAUUUAAAAAGAUAUAUCAAAAUUUCAAGAAAAAUCCUGAAAUUAAUAAAAAUGAAUUAACUGAGAUAAUCGUUAAAGACUGUUUAUUAUGCAAUUCAUCAAAUAUUAAUAGUAUUGAUACAAAUUUUGAAUUAAGUAGUGAUUGGAAUUUAUAG